AUGACAACAGAUGUUGAAGAAGUAGCAGGUAAAUCAUAUGACUACAUUAUAGUUGGAGGAGGAACAUGUGGUUGUCCAUUAGCUGCUACAUUAUCACAUAACUUUUCUGUGCUACUCAUAGAAAGAGGUGGUUCACCAUAUGGAAAUCCCUUGGUGAUUGAUAGAAGAUACUAUGGUUUUCCAUUUAUUCAAUAUGACAACCACCAUAUGACCGUAGCACAACGAUUCACGUCGCAAGACGAUGUUGGCAAUGUACGAGGAAGAGUUCUCGGUGGAUCAUCAGCUAUAAAUGGUGGAUUUUAUAGUAGAACAAGUGAUGAGUUUGUUGAGAAAGUUGGUUGGGAUAAGAUGUUAGUUAAAGAAGCUUACGAAUGGGUUGAAUCGAAAGUUGUUUUUCCUCCGUAUUUCCUCACACCGUGGCAAUCUGUUGCUGAGUUUAGUCUUCUUGAAACUGGAAUUUUACCUUACAAUGGUUAUAGUUUGGAGCAUCUUAAGGGAACUAAGAUUUCUGGGAGUGUGUUUGAUGGAUUUGGACAAAGACAUACCUCUGCUGAUCUUCUAGAGGAUGGAAAUCCCAAGAAUCUUACUGUUCUUGUGAAUGCCACAGUUAAGAGUAUCAUCUUUCAUCACAAUGGUGACAAGAAUGAAACAAGUGCCAAAGGAAUCAAAUUCAUCAAGAGUAAUCGAAACUGUGUAUAUUAG